UCUACACGACUACACACAACUCGUGAAAAUCGAGUUGGGCCUUUCGAUGUUUUUUUCAUUCGAGGCACGUAUUUGACAGGAACAACAACGCAACGCCAGAGCAGUCUCAUUUUGUUUUGUUCAAACACAACAGGUAAACACAAGUUUCAACGCGCCAUUCAGCUGAUGAGAGAUCGCCCUGAUACGAGGCAUAGGCGGUGUGUUCCGGGUUCCCAUUCCAUUUGGACACAGAAAUUCAAGAGUUUGGGAAAUUCCGAUGACUUGGUUUUCAAAUAACAAGUGAAAAGGUGACCAACAUCAAAGUAACUAUGAUUAACACUCAAUUAUUCAAAAGAAAAAGCAUUUAACUGUAAGAAUAAUUAUCGAUCGCUUUCUAAGGAAAAUGGGACGACCUCAACGCUGUCAAUAAUCUAGUGCGCAAUGUGCGCAGUUUGAAUUCAAAUUGUAAAAUGAAUUCACGAGUGUAUACUUUCUCUUUCCUAUAGGUGACACAUUCAGUCCCGCGUUUUGUUGCUAGAAGAGGUUUCGUCUAAACCCUUUCGUGAUUCGGCGUGUGCACCGUAUUGCAAACGUGAAAGCGGAAUUUCGUCAUUGCCUUUCAGUUUUGCAAAGGCGAUGUUCUUUACUGUUUUGUGUGUAAACAACAUUUGUCGUGUUACCGUGGUAGCUGCAACUUGCAAUUGCUUUUUACCCCAAGUUUAACUAUUUAGGUUUGUUUUCUCAAGGCCAUAGGACAAGCCACCAGCUAUACAGUCAGUGACGUCAGAGGAAGUCCAACCCAUUUAUAAACAUCCGUUUACGGUAUGGUUGGCAUCCAGCAAUAUGAAUGCCAAACGUUAUAAAAAUAAAUCAAAAAUGUCUGAUGCCAUCCAUGAGGAAGUGACGCAAGAGAAUGAGUCAUCAGCUGGGAUCGCAGGCGAUUUGGUGGUUAAUUCACCGUCGGCAGAUGAGAUGCCACCUGUGAGCGAGAAAGGAUCCGAUGCGGGACAAGGUAACAGGUUUCAAUCAAAACUUUUGAUGUUGUUUUGUAUCCGCGCAAUCAACGCGGGGUACAAAUUCUAUUUGGGCACGGAACUCUUUGACCAAGGCAACAAGUUCGACGAUGUUAUUUUAAAAUUUACAAAAGAUGAAGACGCAGAAAAUAAAGGAGAAAACUGGCCAUAUCAAUACUUGCAAGCCAAGAGUCGACUGAAUGAGAAAGAGAACAAAAUAACAGCUGAAGACUUAUUCGCUGUACCUACGAAAGAGCAAAAAAAAAGGGGGAAAAUCAACAUUGAUUUCAGUCUACCAAAAUAUUUUCGUUCUUAUCGUGAAAUAAUAAGAAGAGGAGACAAGAUUGACAGUUGCAUCAUUUGCACAAAUAUUGAUUUCAAAAAUAAAAAAAGCCUUAAGGAAAAUGGAAUUGAAAUAAAGGAAGUGCAAGUUACUGAUCCCAUUUUACAAUUCGAAAAACUAUCGGAUGGCAAAAACCCAACUCGAUGCAAAUUAGCCAUCAGCAAAGAAAAACCUGAUACAUUGCCUGACAUAUUGAAGGAAGAAACCACCUCAAAAAUUCUAGCGAAAAUGUUGUGGGGUAAACCUAAAACUGAAGCUGAUAAGAUUAAUCUGAGCACAAAUCAUGAAACAAUGCGAAAUUAUCACAUUGCCUUGAUAAAUGAAAACGUAAUCCAUCCCGAGACAAAAAAAUUUCACGAAGAUUUCAUUAAUCGGCCUGAUGAACUCACUGAAGGUGCCAAGGAAUUGCUUAAACAUUUGCUACAAUUCAGUGAAAACGUUGAAAACUUGGAAAAAAGGAUUUUCCAGUUUGAUAACAAUUUUGGCAAAAAGCCACUGGAGCCCAAAAUAUUUAAUUAUUCCCUCCCCACUGCUGUGAAGGACGAGGAAAUCAAAGGAUUCUUGGAUAAGCUCGUCUUCGCAGUCAACACGCCCAACGAAGACGAAUUGGAUGACGUACUCAAAAGUGAAAUGAGCAUUUAUUUCACCCUGCAAAGUACCGAUCUUCAGUCAGCCUACGUCAUGAACGAAAUGGUAAACUGGUUCAAAAGGAAAGACAACAUUUGGCUAUCGUCACAAGAAGCAAGAACACUGUUUUUAGACAAAACGAAAAAUAUUAUGGAAUCGAUACGUCUCAAUGACUUAUCAAACGAUUAUCAGGACCAGUUAAAGAAAGACCUGAUGGGUUUAGAAUUUAAUAGAGAUUCUAUUCAAAUUAUGACUGAGAAAUUGGAACUGUUAUUCAAAGACACUUCAAACUCUGUUAUUGUUAUUGGAUCAGAGUCGCCACAACACACGGCUGUCAAAUUCAUUGCUGCCAUCAAAACGCUUCCCGAUUUCAAAUGUGACGACAGUUUCUUGGUGACGCCUUCGAAGCGUCUAAAUGACGAAGUGGAAGCUAAAAAGUUUAAAAACUGUUUUGAAUUGAAUAAGGAGGAUUCUCAUAAUCUACUCGUCGUCGUUUGUGAUGGUGAUGUAAUAUCUGCUAAAAAUUGCACAGAAUAUGCCAGUAUAAUUCCGACUGGACGAACAGAUAAAAAAAUAAAUAAAGUGGUUAUCAUAUGUCUGGAUAAAUCUGCCAUAAUAACCGAUGAAAUCAAAUUUACUGAGCUAACUUAUGAGUACAAGAUAAAAAUCAUGUCUCAAAAAGUUUCUUUUCAGCUCAAAAAAGAUUUGGGACAACAGGAAAUGGAAAAAAAUUUAAUAACGGUGGGAGAUUUGAUUGGUGACAAACCAGAAGAGGUAAUCGAUAUCAAUUCAAUAAAGGAGUUGAUGCAAUUUGGAGGAAAAUUAAUUAUACCUUCAUUCGAUGACACAACUCAUUUUGAUGAGCAAAUGUACAUCCAGCGAAAGUUGAAAUUUCCUUUCUACGAUAAGUUUGAGGAUGAAAUUGCGAAGCGACUGGACUGCAGUGUAACUCAACUGCGGGGGGAAUGCAGAAUUCGACAGGAUGGCCACAUCGAAUGGCUCGUUGAAGCCAAACGCAAAAAAGAAAUAUGGGAUAAAAUUCUAGAUGUUGCAAAUCAAUCGUCGUCAUUAAAUGAAAUUCACGAAGAUGAUCGUUUAAUCCCUUUAAAGGAGUAUGAGAAGGAAAAGUCAAUUGUCAUCAUAUCUGGAGUAGCAGGAACCGGAAAAUCCACAAUUCUUUCUCACUGCUAUCAACAAAUAAAACAAGCAAAACCGGACCACUGGGUAAUCAGAAUUAAUUUAGUGGAUCACUACGAAGCAAUUCUGAAACAAGAUAAUAUUACGCUUUCGAAUGCUGUCGACAUUUUUAUCAAUGAGCUACACGUCGUCGAUGAAAAAAGUUCAUUUUCCCGCUCGUUAUUAAGAAAUCGGUUGGAGACAGGAGAACGAAUCGUUGUCAUGUUUGAUGGGUUCGAUGAAAUCAACGACUUGUGUCAAGAUAAAGCGAUUGAAUUGAUGAAGGCCAUCACUAAAGACAAAUCGAUCCAACUUUAUGUGACAACCCGACCCCACAUGCUCGACAAACUGCAAUUCCAAUUGUCUCAAUUGUCUUACAGUUUGGAAAAUUUUGACAGAAACGACCAAAUUAAUUUCUUGACUAAAUAUUGGGAGAAAAAACUGGAUUUGAUUGGAGAUACAAAUAGCCCAAUUCAACAAUUCGCUGAAUCCUUAAUUGAUCGGGUAUCGGAAACUUUAAAAGAUAAAGAAAGUUCUUUCAUUGGAAUCCCAUUGCAAUGUCGGAUCUUAGCCGAAUGUUUCCAGCCCGAUUUUUCAGUGAUGGAGGAAAACUAUGAUAAAUGUCGAGUGAAAACACUCAUAGCCGAUCUACUUGAUGGUCAGAGAUUCGAUUUGGCUAAUUUGUACCGUCGUUUAAUGGAAACAAAACGUCGGGUCUUUCUCGAAGAAAAGGCUAAAAUACCGUCGUCGUCAGUUCGAAACGACAUUGUGGUCGACGCCAUUAAUCAUUUGAUGCAAGAUGUUGAGGGUCAUCUGACAAAAUUAUCCAUUGAAACUAUAGUCACAAAUCAGAAGCACUUGGAAAUAUUGUUGUCACAUCAGUCAUUGCAACUGCGGUUAGUUGACGAAAAUAAAAUCGCUUCAAACAGCCUGAAAUUCGGAUUGACAUUCAAAAGCGGAGAUGAAUCAAAGGUUCAAUUCUUGCACCGGACAUACGCCGAAUAUUUAUUCGCCAGAUAUUUGUACGAAGGGUUUCUUCUCGAUGAGAAACGACACAACAAAUUACUAGAAAAUGAAUCCAUUCGAAUGUUAAUCCUGAAAAAAAUCCUGGCAACAUGGGAGUACCAUGGCGUCCAAGUGUUUUUUAAUAGCAUGCUGAAAGAUUUAGUCGACGACAACGAAGAGUGGCGAAAUAGAAUUGACAACCGUAAUUUACCAGAAAGAAUUAAAAAAUUUACGGAAAAUAUUUACAGUCGAUUUCUUUGUCAAAAAUUACCUCCACAGGAAUCUGUUACAAGGGAUUCAGGGGGUUAUUCAUUCACAACAAUAGCUCAUCAACGGUUCGACAGCGAAAACGCACUUCAUUUUUCGCUUUUGACAGGCAAUACAACAAUAUUCACGUUUUUGUGCGAUUGCCUUGAUGCAACUUUGGAUAAAAAACAAAUCCAAAACGUAAUGAUGAAAUCUUUCAUGCAGGAAGGAAGCUAUUUUUCAUUUGCUUUUUUUCGUAAGACCAAAAGCAAACUAUUUAAACGAUUUAUCAAUUACUUGGACAGCGAGGCUGAUAAAGUGAUGUCAACGCUUACAGCUUUCAGUUGUCUUAGGUUGCCUCCAAGUGAUUUAGAAUAUUCUCAAUGGAAUGGAGAGGAACAACAAGAAACUGUGUACCACUUGUUGCAGUUUAUGAAAAAUCAACGCGAGGCUUUCGACAAGUAUUUCAGUCCCAAUAUAGAGUUUACAACAGAGCGCAUGUUAACCUUUUUAAUUUUCAACGAAAAUUACGAAAGUAAUUUGAAAAUCUUUUUAGGAUUAUUGUCUCAAUCGACGGCCUGUUCUGACGAUUUCCGAUUUGCGAAUUUCCUGGAGAAAGCCUUCUGUUCCAAAAAACAUUUUAUAAGUGGCCGAAUCGAAAAAGUAUUAAUUACCUUACGAGAGCUUAAUAGACAAAAUCUACUGACUCAACUUUAUGGCAUAGUUCUGGCAAAAGAACCGGAAUCUUUUCGAAAUAUUUAUCAGCCGCUGCCGCUAGAAAGAGACUCCAUGGGAAAAGACGUGACAGGAACGGAUCUGAAAAUACUGAUGAAACGAGAUUCUUAUCGCAUGACUCGCCUUCACCGAGCAGCUUACUACGGAAACACGAAAGCAGUCGAGGAAAUGUUGGGAACAAUUCGCCGAAAUUUGACUCAUCCGGAGCACAAAAGUGUAGCCGAUAAAAUAAUAAAUGAAAUCAUUGCUAGGGAUGAAUAUGGAUUUACGCCGUUUUACGUGGCGGCUGUCCGUGGUCAAGAGGAAAUCUGUUACAAGAUGCUGACCUUCUUAAAACAAGUUCUUCCCGGCGACAUACUAGAAAAAUAUUGGACAGACACAAAUGGAUUCGUGCGCCGUGGGCUUUCCGACUCAAUUGAUUCUGAAAACAUUCAAAUGUUGCAAUUGAUUCUGAUAGUGGUCAAGAAAGUACUGGGGCAAAAAGAACUAAUCCGAGUUAUUAGUUUUCACCGUUGGUCGAAUUCUGUUUUCGUCAAAUGCCAAACGGAAGAAUUAUUCAACGCAAUGGCAAAGGUCGUCGUGAUGGGAGACGACAAUGUGAAGGAUUACACAGAUUUGUACGACUUGGUUUUUCACAAUCAUGACACAUUAGAAUCCCUCAAGUAUAUCGACGUCGAAAAUCUUCAAGGAUUGUUGUUACAAAAAGGAGUAGACAAUUUUACGAGACGCCAUCAGGAUAACGUAAGGUUGACUCAUAUUGGUGUUCCCCUGUUAUCAAGUCAACUAUUAGAACAUUUCACAAAGAAUCAACUCGAACAGUUUGUUGAAACUAUUAUUUCCAAAAACAAUUUUACAAAAAUUGGAGGAAUAUCGCCGGGUAUCGUCGAAUCUGUUGAUUUAAAUGACCCAACUAAGGUGGAAUCAAUCACCUGUAAUUUUACAAAUAUGGGAUGGAAUAGAGAAGACUUGGAGUUUCACGACGAUGGUAACGGCUUUACCAGUAUUUUCAUCAAAGAACGGCUAGUGCCGAGAAAUAGCUAUUGGAGAGAUUUUAUUAUAUCGGCAGCGCGCGCAAAUUUCUCUCACUCUGAAGACGGAUUCGGAUAUCUUGAUGGAGUCUUUCGCAUUUUCGAUUGUUUGAAACGUGUGAAUGACAGCUUUCGGAAAAAGCUUUUACUUCACGAAGACGACAACGGUUUUAUCGUGAUUUGUUUGUCACUAGAUGUUGUGAAACGAAUGUUAACACAUUUGUCGAAAGAAAGCCAAGAGGAAGUGAAACAGCAGUGGAAGGAUAACGCACCUUCCAUCGAAACGUUUUUCCCGUUGACUAUGGAACAACCUAAUAAUGAUGACAUCAUGUCGACAGCGCGCAGAUGGACUAAUGUCUUGCGGUUUUAUUUACAUUACGGAAGUGAAGUUCAACUAGAGGAAUUCGUCAAGACAAUCACGUUCUUACGUAACAUAGGCGUAGAACGACGUAGCGUAUGGAGUUACAUAUUUGAACAUUGUCACAAAGAAGAAAAGAUAAAAGAAAUAUUGAAACUCGUGUCGGCGAAAGCUGAUAUUUUAGGUCAGGACUCCGUGCAAACAAUGUUGUUUCACCAAAUGAAUGAGAUUCCAUUACUAUUCAAAGCUGUGCUGUGGGGAUCAGAUAUCGAAGCCUGGCUGGAAAUUUUGCCAAAAGAAAUCAGAGAAGAGAUCCAACAAUUUAUGAAAAUAAACGCACCCGAGUUCGCCCGAGUUAAUUGAUCAAGCGUUUCAAAAACCCCAAACCCAUCUCAAGAUAUUUGAUUCGCAACAUUAUUACAACAGAUUGAAUACCUUGAUAUCUUUCCUCAAUUACAGUAACGAUAUUCAACUUCAACAAUUUGUUCAGAACAUGACAUCAUUCGAUUUAAUUAUUCCCAUGAAACCUACCAGAAAAAAAUUUACCCAAAAAAACUAUUGUCUGGUCCCAUUCAACAGAAAAAGGUUAGCAUAUGGGCUGAGCUAUUAACCCACGCAUGCCAUGAUCGCAAUACGGACGACAUUGCAAGAAUGGACAAGUUCUUGAAAUGCCUGUCAGAGAAACUGGGCUCGACUGCCGUUAAAGAAUUGGUGCUCCAUAACGACGGAGAAAGACCCGUCAUAUUUUAUCCUGUAAUGAGAGGAGAGGAAAGGGUGAUGGAGAAAAUGCUCAACUAUUUGACCGUCAAAGAUCGAAAACAAGUUCAGCGCCAAGUCGAUCAGUUCUUGGAAGAAACUUGCAAGACAGACGUAUCUCUUUUAUUACUAGGACCUGAAAUAAUGACAAAGACUAACUGGGUGGCUGUGUACUAACUAAAUUAUCCUUAUCAGAUGUUUUCAUUUUUUUCUUUUGUAUUCACGCCCGACCUGGAAGCCCAUUUUCGUGUGAAAUAUUUGUUUUAAACAUCUUCCUAAUACAAUUUCAAAUAUCCGCU